AUGAAUUUGGUGCGAUCGCUCCUUGACAACGGUCCCCGUCAUGUCGCGGCUGUUGCGAGCGAUGAGGUCUUCCCUCUACACUUCAUCGAUCGAAGCGCUAGUCUUCGAAACCCCAUACAUGUCUCAACCUGGUAUUUUAAUGAUGUUCUCGACGGAGACAAGCUUCAUCAAUCACUGGACCAUCUGCUUCACCUUGGCAACUGGAAGAAACUUGGCGGACGUUUCAGAUUAGACAAAGAUGGGAAACUCGAGAUUCAUGUGCCCGAGCAGUUUACAUCCGAUCGGCCAUCUAUACACUACUCGCACGAAAGCCUGCCCAUGCGAGCUGUGGAGCACCCCCUCGCCUGCAGAAUACCGAAAGCUUCAUCUCGACCUUCCUUUCACCCAGCAACCGAGGAGUUCCUACUUCCAUUGACCGCCAGGCCAGGAAUACCCCAUAACAUGGAAGAUUAUCUUUCGUCCGACGAGCCACUUCUAUCUCUUCGGGUCGUCGUAUUUCUCGAUGCUACUAUUGUUUCACUGGCCUGGCCACACGCCGUUAUGGACGCGGUGGGUAUGGCUUCUGUGAUCCAAGCUUGGUCGUUGGUUUUAGCCGGAAGGGAAAAUGAGAUCUUGCCAAUCGACGGCGUCAGAGAGGACCUCCUUUACCAAGCUACUUUGAAACCAGCAGCAGAAAAGUUUGCCCUUGAGCCAUACAUGCUCACUGGAUUCAGUUUUUACCUCUUAAUCUUCCGAUUUAUCUGUGACAUUCUGUUUGGCGGCCGCAGAGAAAAUCGAAUAAUCUACUUGCCACCGAGGUCUAUCCAGAAUUUGCAUUCUCAGGCGAUGUGUGAGAUCAACCUCCACAGGAAGGAGCCACUGAAAAUCAGUCGCAGCGAUGCGAUUCUAGCUCUCUUCUCAAGAUGCCUAGUUCUGGCACAGAAACGGCCUCUACUAGUCGUUGUCCCCAUGGACUUGAGGUCGCGGCUGAAGGAUAUUUUCCUCCCGAGCAUGUCCUAUCCGCAAAAUGCCAUCCAGGGCGGCCACUUCACCGUUAACGCGGAUGAAACGACCACUAAAUCUAUUGGGCAUCUGGCUUUAGCUUUCCGCCAGAAUAUCAUUCAGCAAGGGGGACGUCAACAACUCCUUGCCAUGUUAAGAUGCAAUCGAGAGAUUUCGGACUCGGGCGGUGACCCGGCGACUUUGUAUGGUCCAUCCAACGCUAUCAUCAUGUCGGCGACGAACCUGAACAAAGCAAAUCUUCUAUCAAUACCCGACUUUGCUCCGGCAGUUGUCCGUGCGAGGUGCAGAGAAGAAGCGACAGGUUCUCCUGGGACACCGUCUUUCUUCAAUACCUCCCAUUCGAAAAUGGCCUGGAGGCGGGGUAAUAUUCUUAUGAAUCUUGGAAUAGAUCAAGACGGGGGCCACUGGAUCUCGGGGUCGUUCAACAUCAGGACAUGGAAACAUGUGGAAGAGAGUCUAAGGGAUCUAUGA